AUGGCCGAGCCUUCCGUGAACGCCUGGUCCCAGUACCCUGCCUUUGCGCGCUGGACGCCGCAAGCGCAGAGGAACGUCCAACAACUCGCAGAGGUUACUGCAGAAGCUGCGAUUGCAGAGGCCGUGGCCUCGCCCCCAUCCGACCCGGCCAAGCCGAUCGGGGAUGCAGAGGCUUCCAACCAGGGCGCCCCUGCGAAGAGCAGUCGUUGCAGUGCCAAAGAAAGCAUUGCUCGCAGUGUCCGGCAAGCGGGACUAGCAGACCACGAGGACAAGAUUCAGGUGGCCCACCUUUCUGCCGUGCUGGCGGCUUUGGACAUCCCGGACCAUCAUGUGCAGACACUCGCCUCUGCCUCGGGUGCUGUUCAGGACGAUCGGAUCCACCUCUCCUCCUUUCUGACCUGGAUCUUCCCCGAUGGAGCUGGGGAGCCGCCACCACCGCCGCCACCCACGGCAGCCACGGCAGAGGCCUCUCCGGACUGCAAGGGCAUCGAGAUGGAACGCGGCUCGGGGAGCUUACUCGAGCAGCCACUGGUUGCUCUGUGUAACCUUACCGCCCCGGGCUUGACAGCAGAUAGCGAGCCUCCCGAGCCAGGAUCUGGUUAA